ACGUUACGUGGCAGCCAUGUUGAAGUCGGCUGACUCGCCUUGUUUCGUCGAAGCAACUGCUCCAUGCGGAUCCUAUUCUCGAAACUUAAGUUAAAGAGAACAUCGCAACAUGUCAACGGACGAUUUUCAAACGAAGUACGCCUGUUUUAUGGACAGUCUGGUGAAAAGUACUGUUGCGGAAACGACCAGACUUUUUGAAACGGUGGUUGACGAAUUAAAGGCAGAAUUAUCAAAGGUGAAGACGGAGAACGAGGCCCUGAAAACAACAUGCAGGCAAAUAGCUGACGCGAAAACCUUUGCUAUCCGUGAGUCCUCACGAGGUGGCCGUCCGCAGAUCCAGGACAACGCUGUGCAAUGUGACCUUCUUCCCUGCCAUCUUUUGCUGAUUGAGCAACAGGUGGGGCCAAGUGUCACUGAACAAGGCAAACAAUGUACUGAACAGGAAAUGGUGUACAUCCUGCUCAACGACAAUGAUGUUGAUGCUGAAAAAGGAGCAAAAAACCUGACCGUUUCACUUCCAAAUCAUGAGCAUUCUGAACCCACCGUAGUCAGCGGAAACAUAGUUUGUGCAAUUGCAGAUCCACCACCGAGCUCUGCUUGUCGAAAUGAAACCUUAGGCCCUGAAACUCAGCUACCAUCAUUGAGUGAAACACCAGCGCAUGAACAAGCAAAGGGGCAGGACAUUGCGCCAACGCUGCCAAACAAACAACUAGGAGCGGAAAAAACAAAAUGUGGCUUGACGGAGGAUAAGAACAAGUGCGAACCAGGACGAGUCAACGAAGAAAUUCAAGAAAGAAAACAGCACUCAGAAAGCCAAAAUGGUGCAUCUCAUGGUGACAUAAAGAAUUCACAGGCCAGCCCAACGGCCCCAAUACCGCAAGCGCCGUCGCAUCCGCUUGGAAUACCACGUCGCAGCUCCGUAAUGGUGCAGGAUGCAAUGCUACUCAUUGAAGCAAUGGCUCAAUCAAAGAAUCUUACCUCGGCACAGGAAAAUCCAAUUGCCCAAGACUGGUGUAGUCGCCCUGUUGUUACCUCACCAUCUGUGAUCAAGUCUCAAGUAUUUUCCUCACAGUCACCACCAACCGCCGAGGUAAGUGACAAAGGCGCAGAAGAGGUGUCGACAAACCAGACACUUUCUGUCACUUAUACAACAGCAUCCAGCAGUUGUCAGUCCCACAUUAGAGUUCCAACAGAGCACCAAAAGGAACACGGUGUCGGUUCCUCUGGCAUGACAUUGACAUUUUCAUCAACCGCCGCAGCAAGCGGAUCACUUGAGCAGCGCGCACCCCCUACUCAGACUUUGUUAGCAGAACCAUUACAGACAAUGGUGGUCUCAGAACCCGUCCCCCAAAAAGUCUUUUCCAAAUCACCGUGCACUCGUCCGCAACGUGCCAUUGCCCAACCGUGCCCGAACCAAAUUACAGCUGUCAUGUCUAAACCCGUCCCCCAAAAACUCUUUUUCAAAUCACCGUGCACUCGUCCGCAACGUACGAUUGCCCCACCGUCCACGAACCAGAUUACAGCUGUCAUGUCAACAGUUGCUCCUGCCCAGAAGAAGUUUACACCCACAGCAUCUUCAUCUUCGGAACUUUCUCAAAGAAAAAAUGAUGUUACCUGCGCAGCAGCUGCUCCCCUUGACAUGUCUGACACGGAAAUCAAAUCACCAGAACAAGGGGCAGACCCGGAGCCGUGCAAAAAUAUUAAAAUAGCAAUUCGCAGAGCUACAGAUGCGACAAGCCAGCCACAAUUGUCUGAAAUACCGGUUGCAUCUCGCAACAAGAAUUCAGUUGGACCAGGUGUCACUGUGUCACCCUCAUCACAUCGCCCAAACGCGGGUGCUCAAAUGGCUUCAGGUGAAAAUAAAACACCUUUGGCGUCUGGACAAACACCAUUGAUUGCAUCCCCGUUGUCAUCGCCGCAAGUGGAAUGUUCUUCACAGCAGGCAAGCGUUUGUGAAAGUUUCAAAAUAACUCCUGGGGAACAAGCAGCAGCAUCGUCAUCCGAGCUUUUGCCAGCAAAGUCUUCUCCACUAAUCCCAGUAAUCAGACUAAAAAGGCUGCCGAAUCUGGCAUCUUCCACCGGAUCAUUUUUGGUUUCGCAACUGUUUUGUCAUGCAAAGGAAUCUGGAGUGGUCCCACCAGACAGCGCCUCAUCUUUGAUCAAUGAGCAGGCACCCACGUCAACGGUCCGCUCAUCAGAAGUAGCUGCGCUAUCAACCGGCUUGCAUCCCAAUUUAAAAGAAACCUCGGUUGGUGAAAUUAGAAAGACAUCAGAGAAGGCAACACCCUGCUCCGCUCCGGACGAGGCACCGCCCACUGGUUUGUCAGCUUGUACACCUUCCUGUGGCUCUGAAUCGGUCUUGGAGAAAGCAACGAUGGACUUUGACAAGGUCGAGUUUCCAGCCGUAACUGACCAAGCACGUAAAACUGGCACUGUGGACGAGGAAAGACUCAACACGGUGGAGCAUAAUUUUGUUUCACCGAAUGGCUCUUCGACGACCCCCGCGCAUUCAAGCCCGAUCACCAAGGACCCAUCUGUACCUCAUUUACAAUCGACCGAAACGGAGUUCUUCUCACAGUUGGAGCUGUUGCCUGUAAAUCAAGAUGCUGAAAAGAUAACAACUAUUGAGUCUGCAGAUGCCCAAAGUUCGUGUGAUGAAAGGACCAGUACCGAUGGAAGGAGAAAGUCACACAAAAAGUCCAUCGUUGCCUGUCCUGGAGUUCCCCUCAAAACGUAUUCGCGGACCAAGCGAACAAAAACAAAUUCAGAGCCACAUACAAGCCAGCCUUGUUUCCCCGAAAGCCCCAAGAAACCGAGAUUAGAGAAUGUUAGUACGACCGAACAAGAUUCUACCCAGAAGCCAGUUCCGACAAAUACUGCCAUUCCCUUGAGUCCCACAGAGCCACUGAAGGAAACCGAGUUUUCCCAACUCAGUCUCAGGAAUCAACGGCAGACAAAUAUCAGUUGCACUGAAAGUGAAACUGUUUCUGUGAGACGCCGAAAGCCAGUUGUAACUUUGUAUAGGUUAUCUCUAAAAGACACAACAGACAGCACUUCGAUUAUCGCCCCACUGCCACGUGCCGGAAAAAAUGUCUCCCGUGUAAGCCAAACAAAACGUAAGUCGGUGUCUGGCAGUCUAAAAAUAGGAGGUAGUAUUGAACGCGUUCCAAUCGACACUGAAAAGCCGUUUAGAGCUGAAGAUGGUGCAAGCAAACCAGUUGAAGCUACAGUCUGUCCAAGGUCGAGUUCAAUUGCGGGUACAGCUGAGAAGGCAAAGUCAGCCCCGGUGGGUCGCUUUCUGUCCAGCAGAUCUACCAGUAAUGCUGCCUCUAAAAAAUCAGGAGAUUUCAGUCAGAGUCCUCGGUCGGGUUCAACCAAAGUGGAACUCUGUGUGACACAAACAACGGUCGCUGCCGUGACAACUGGAAAGCCGAGCACAAAUGAAGGGAAGGAUAGCCCAAAGAAGUUGAAAGCCACAAAUGUGUGUCUGUGGUCAAAUACAACCGAAGGUACCACCGCCGCCGUCAAGACUAAAUUGCCAUAUCAGAGUCCGAAGAAAAUCGCUUGUGUUAAAAAGACUCAUUUCAAUUGUCCUCGAGACCAGUCUGCCCAUGAAACGACCACUCCUCCUCCUCCAAGGAAAAAAUUCACGAGAGACGAUAAGAAGCCCAAAAAGUCCCAAUUGCCUCCCGUCAGUCAAAAUGAGUCGAGGAUCAUUAAAAAUGUUCCUAGACCUCAAACUUCUAACUGUGAAUCUCUUUGGAUUUGCAACCUUUCUGAAUUGGAAAACUCAAAACGAGCAUCGAAUUCAUUAAUGGGGAAAAGUGUCUCCCCGAGCGCUCUGUCGCCGAAAUCCACUGAAAUUGCUCCCGGUUCAAGUAAGACUGGAGAAAGUACUGCGAAGAAAUCAAGAAUGAAUCAAAUGCCGACUGUUCAAGACAAUGCGAAGGAACAGAACGCAAAGAAAUUAGCCCAGGAGGCAAAAGCUAACCCCAUCGCAAAAAUGAAACAAACUAAAUCAAACAUACCUAAGCAGGGAAUUCACCACCAUGCCAGCAAUCAAACAGGAAACAAAUGUACUUCUCAAACCGUGCGCAGUCCUCCGAAAAUGCAAGCAGGGGAAGCGACGCAAGCCAAAGCGGCCACGAAGCCUCGAUCCGCCGGCGCCAGGCACCUGCGUAAAAACCAGUGCGGGGAAUGCGGCCGCAUUCUGAGCAGCAAGACGGCCCUCGAAAGUCACGUCAGUGUCCAUACCGGUCACAGGCCAUUCUCUUGCACGCUCUGUGAUAAGAGCUUUCCCGACUCCAGGGGUCUUAAACGGCAUAGCAUCGUGCACCGCAACGGGCGGCUGCACGUUUGUCAGCAGUGCGGGAAGGGUUUUGUUUACGGCUUUGGCCUCGCCAAACAUGUCCAGAUGGUACACGGGAAAAUCAAGCCUUUCGUCUGCCAGGUCUGCAACAAGUCCUUCUUCACAAAGCGAGAUGUGGAGACCCACAUCCGAGUCCAUACGGGGGAGCGACCGUUCCCUUGCCAUUUAUGUGAAAAAAAGUUUACGAGGAGUGUCGAACUCAACGCGCAUCUCAGGUGGCACCGUGGGGAGAAAAGACAUUGGUGCCCGUAUUGUGGGAAAGGAUUUUUCGACCAGAACAACCUGAAAAGACACAAGUACAUCCAUACAGGAGAGAAACCACAUUCUUGCCCACAUUGCCCGAAACAUUUUACACAAUCUGGACACUUGAAAAAGCAUGUUAAAAAUGUACAUAAAGUUCUGUGAGAGACGGCGGAAAGGUUUGUCACAUUUCUUUUAGUAAUACAAAUGUCUCUUUGACAUGAUUUGUACAUGAUAUGUCAAAUGAAAUAAAGAAAAUAAUUUAU